GGGGGGGGGGGAAUUCCAAAAGAUGGACCUCUGUUGAGUAAUCUCUCAUUGCUGGUGAUAUGCCACUGUGGCUUACGCCGCCGGACAGAACAAGCAUCGGAGGAAGGCAGCAUGAAGUUGGAGUUGGCUGGAGCGCUGCCUUCUUUGGCUUUUCUGCUCGCAUUUCUUUUUCCUGUUCACUGCCAGCAGCCAAUAAACUGCAGAUGGGGGUCUUUUGGAGAUUGGUCCGAGUGUGACGGCUGCACCAAAACGAAGGUGCGCACUCGAACCGUGGAGGUGUAUGCCCAAUUUGGUGGUGCACCAUGCUCAGGAGAACGCGUCGAAUCGAAUGCUUGCGUGCCACAAAAGGGAUGCCCUCUAGAAUCGGGUUGUGGCCGAAGAUUCCGAUGCACAUCCGGUCACUGCAUUAGCCAGUCUCUGGUGUGCAAUGGAGAUCAGGACUGUGAAGACGGUCUGGAUGAGAGAGGCUGCCAGGCAGAUAGCAGUCAGUUUGUAUGCGAGCUUGACAAAACGCCGCCCAACUCUGAGUUGACUGGCAGAGGGUACGACGUGCUUACAGGGAAACUGAGGGCAGGUGUGAUCAAUACACUGAGUUUUGGUGGGCAGUGCAGAAAGGUGUUCAGUGGGGACCAUAAAAUUUAUUAUCGACUCCCACAGAACAUCCUCAGGUACAAUUUUGAGGUGAAAGUGGACAACGAGGAGAGUGACGAGUCCUAUGAAAGCUCCUGGUCCUACAUGCAAGACAUCCAGGUCAACUCUUUAACGGGACAUGACCGUCGCAGCUUUCACAAAGAGCUCACGGAAACAACGAAUCGCAGGCUCCUCAUUCUGAAGAACAAAGUGGAGUUGGCCCAGUUCCAAAAUUCAGCCCCUCAGUAUCUGACCCUGGCCGAAGAAUUCUGGAAGGCCUUACUCUCGCUACCGUUCACAUACAACUAUGCAGCUUACCGACGACUGCUGCAGACGUACGGCACGCACUAUCUCGCCGAAGGCUCUCUUGGAGGCGAAUACCAAGGCUUGUUGGAAUUAGACCGCCAGGCAUUCGUCUCAUCCAGCGCAACAAAGAUAGACUACAAGCAUUGCUGGAGAAAGGUCAAACGAAGGCUGUUCAGGAGAAAAGUCAAAAUCGUCUGUGAUAAAUUCUCCAAGUCGACAUCAUUUGACGAAGAAAGAGGUGUGAACAAGAUGCCCAUUAAGGUGAACACGUUUGGGGGCGAUCCGUCGUUUUCGGAUCUCUUGAAAGUUCUCGAUCUCGAAAAUCCAGAAGUCAACGGAGAGGCCUAUGACAACUGGGCCUCCUCUGUCAAAGACUUUCCCGAUGUCAUUGACAAGAAGUUGCGCCCUCUGUAUGAGCUUAUAAAGGAGGUGCAGUGUGCAGGACUAAAAAGGCUUCACCUGAAAAGAGCCAUUGAGGAAUACGUGGCAGAGGAGCACCCGUGUCACUGCCAACCUUGUCAGAACAAUGGCCAGGCGCUCCUUACCGGUUCGGAGUGCCGGUGCAUCUGUCGCCCUGGAACCUCAGGACGAGCAUGUGAGCAAGGGGCUGUGAUCGGAGAACAACCAGGCGUGAUUCAUGGCAGUUGGAGCUGCUGGUCAUCCUGGAGCUCUUGUUCUGGGGGUCAAAAGUCACGAUCCCGCACGUGCAACAACCCCAGCCCCAGCAGAGGUGGCCAGCACUGCCCCGGGGUGCCUGUAGAGCAAGUACCCUGUGAAGACGCAGAUUUACAGUAUUUACAGAUGAUGGAGCCGCAAUGUUUUGGGCUGUCUGUGACGCCACCGAAGAUUUGUGGACCUCCUCCAAACCUCAGAAAUGGCUACAUACAGACCCCAAGUGACUUUUAUUUGGCUGGGCACAUAGUGCAGUACUCUUGCAUAGAUGGCUAUUACCUCAGUGGAAACGCUUUGGCUGAAUGUACUCCGAGUCAGACAUGGAGGAGUGAAGCAAUUGUUUGUAAAAGUUCGACGUGUAAUUUUCCUCAUCUCAACGAUGAUGUCACGGCCACGCCCGUUAAAGAGAACUAUCCAAUUGGAGACAGGAUAUCCUUGGCCUGUCCCGAGGGACUCAUGCUGACGGGUGACGUUUCAGAAAUCAUAUGUAGUCCAAGUCUUCAAUGGUCUCCUUCUCCCACCGCAGCUCACUGUAGGAAAGGCCCCACAGCUGCGACUCCUCACAAGGAUCUGAAGUGUAAACUCUGGGAGAAUGUCGGCAAAACCGAGUGUGUGUGUAAAAUGCCAUUCCAGUGCCCGACUUCUCUGGAGUUGUGUGCCAGAAUAAGCUCAGGCCAGCCUCGGGUGCUUGGCGUUUGCCAGCUCGGAGCUCUGCAAUGUUUAGGCCGCAGUUUUACGCUGGUCAACGAUAACGAAUGUGACUGGCCGGAAGGGAAUAAUACCUCGGGAACAAAGUGCCAGCAAUUAGCUGGAAGUUGUCAAUGCCAGAAUGCAUCGGAAUGCCCAGAAGACUCAGCCCCACUGUGCGUGACCUCAGGUGUUGGGAGUGUCGCCAUGACGAUGACCGAGUGCCAAGUGGGGUCCAGGAGGUGUGCUGGGGAGCAACUCACUGUCAUCGGCAUUGACGCAUGUCCCCAAUAAAUGUUCCCUACCUUUUCGUUCUGUUUUAAACUGUUCAUUCACGCAGUAAAUAGUCCAAGAAUCCAA